AUGAUUCAGAACCUUGGCUUGGAGGGAGGUGGCGGCAGCCAGCUUGUGAGAGCCUCGCCCGAACGGCACCUGUUGCGGCAAAGUUCAGCUGCGGCGGGGCAGCUGCCGCUUGCCCGCCUUGGGAGACAUCAUCCGCUUUUCUGCUUACUCGUCCUAGGAGGGAAAGCCUACGGAUUACUCAAAGCCAAGCAGGAAGGGAGGCUGGAAGAGAUCAACAAGGAAUUUCUCUGUGACCCAAAGUUCAGCGAUGAAGAGGAUUUGGAAGAAAAACUUGCCGUUUUUAAAGAGAAAUACAUGGAGUUUGACUUGAAUAACCAAGGGGAAAUCGAUCUGAUGUCAGUCAAAAGGAUGAUGGAGAAACUGGGAGCCCCUAAGACACACCUUGAGCUAAAGAAAAUGAUCUCAGAAGUGACCGGUGGUGUCAGCGACACCAUCUCGUACCAAGAUUUUGUCAACGUGAUGCUUGGAAAACGAUCCGCAGUCCUCAAGUUGGUCAUGAUGUUUGAAGGAAAAGCCAACGAAAGCACCCCGAGGCGUUCGGGUCCACCUCCGGAGAGAGACAUCUCCAGCCUUCCUUGAAGGGAAAGACGCUUUCCUCAAAGCCAAACCCCCUCCCUUUGACCUGACCCCCCUCAUCCUGGGCCCUAUGUGUCGUAGGGCCUUCCUGCUAGGCUGCCUUGAUACCUGAUGGUCUUAGAAAGCAAUAAACUAACCCAUCUUAGCAAAAGGAAUAACAAGGGAAAUGUCUAGGGACAUUCGCCAGAAGAAGCGUCUCUAGCUAUCGUCGUUGUUUUAUUUUUUUUAACCGUUGUCUGCAGUAGCUCGCCGCGUUUCUCUUCUCGCUAGUGAAAAACGAAACCGGGGAGCCAAAAGGAAAACAAGGGUUUCCUAAUUUUAAAAAACAAUCUGGAUUAUUUUCUGGAGCAAACUAGGGUAACUUGGAUGUUUCCUCUGCAGCAGAGUGUCACCCAGGCAGGCAAAACUCUUCUUGAAGGGGCUUCAUGCACAGAGGGAGGGCUCUCUGGUUCCCAUUUUGAAUGCCGACAUACUACAAUCCAAAAUGCUCAAGUGCCUUCUUAGAGUUUUAAGCUACUUUUCCCAGACUUCUGGCAGUGUGGUUGCCCGCUCCCUUUUCAACAGCCUGCCUCUUGGUGGUAUCUUUCACUUGUUUGACCCCCUUUGAGCAGAGUUUAUUUAAGCAAAUUGAGUAUACUCAUCCCGCUGCACUCCUCUGAGCGCACAGAGUCGAAAAUCAGAGACAACUUGGCGUUCUUAAAGAGAAACGCCGCCAGGUAAAUCUAGAUUUUAGGCUUCGUAGUCGUACACCUUCCGCUCUGCCGCCUGGAGAAUCCGCAUUAAUCUUAUUCCAAAAUGCCUUCAUGGCCACCGUCCGUGUUUGGGGUGUUCCUGUUCCUUGUACAGAGUGGGACCCUAGACAUCGGCCUCAAAAAUCUCAUUUCUAAUGGCGCCACUGGUCCAUCAUUCCUAUCUGUUGUGCUGAACUCUCUCUGGGUUUUACUCCCCGGGGAGCGAAAGAGGGAAUCUUGGCUAUGAGAUUCCCCCUUCAGCGCUCGUCAUUUGAAGAUGGACAGGUACCAAUGCCCCCGAGGAUGAUGAGGGCUGGGGAAAGUAUCCAAACUCUGAAUUAUUUCAUUUCAUUUGCGGGGAGCAACCCCCUCUGUUCCUCAAGUGGAAGAGUCCCAGACUUCUAUCGAAAUGUCACACAUUCUUCGGUUUGAGCAGAUAUUCUGUGACUUGCCGAUAAAACCCAGAACCCUCAUUUCCAUCCCUCCACAUUUCCAUCCCGCUCUCAUUUUCACCGGUUGAAAGGAGAACAGGAGCCAUCCGGGUGCCCCAAAAUGCUGGGAACGGAUAAAGAGGUUUUGCUAGAAAGGGCCUGGACAAUCUACCAACUGACCAUCGGAUGGGGACCCAUCCUGGUUGUGUUGGUCUUGUCACGAAGACACCUCCCUUAGCUACCUUCUCUUCUGAAAAUCAGCUUCACGAUAAAGGGCGCAGCAGAAGGAUUCGUCCGGGGGGCCCAUUCUGGCCACAUCACGGAAGACCUGCAGGUAUUUUGUGGAGGCGAUGGGGUCCAGCCAGCUAAACGUUAUUCUGUGCUUUUGCUGUGUCAGCGCUCGUUGUUUAUUUUAUACCCUGUCGAUCUCUUGUUUGCCCCAGAAACCAUACUGCUCGGCACCAAGCUUAGCUUCAAAUAGAGUGGAUAAGUUAUUUUAUCGAUCUUCAUGCUUCAGCACAUGCUUAAGGGGGAAACCUGGAUCUUUCAACGGAGUGUGUCUUUCUGUGGAUGUUUAAUUUAUUUCUCUGUUGACCUCAGUGAGAAUUAGAAGCCUGAAUUUUAUAAUCCAAGCUUCUUUCCCUGUCUGCUCCAGCCCGGCAACCAGUUUCUCUGAGCCUUCUGGAAAUAAGAUUAUUCUUUGCUGCCUCUUGGACAUUUGAGGGAUCAUGAUUGCUUGUUACUCCCAUCACUCGCCUUUGCUGCUGCUUUUCUGGUUCUUUCUCCCGUUCUCCUCUUUCUCUCCCAUCUCCUUUUGGUUUGUUUCUGUGCUUGUAAAUCAAAGAUUUUAAAUAAAAUUUAGCAAAUCGAGACUCUGUGGUUAACCGUCGUGCUUCUAGGGACGCAGAUGGACAAAAUCCCGCUGUUACCACCUUUCUUUCUACAGAAUGA